UCAGAGCCUGCUCCAUGAAGGGCAGAGUUCUUUUCUGAGCCUUGUUAGAGGCCAGACCUCACUGCCUGGUCCCAAGAGGAGAGGGUCUCAGGGUUGGAGUGGCGCUUGGGAUCUGGUUUCACUCCCAAGGAUCUUCUUCCCAUGCCUGCCAUCAUUCUCUCCUGGCCCCAAACCCAGGACCCCCCACAGUUUGUGACCACCAGACCCUCCCCCCCACCACUUGCCACCUGCCCUGGGCCCUGGGAUGUCUCCUCGUGCAGAUCCAAUCCCACCCGCUCUCUGAGCAUGUGCUGGUGUUAAGAGGUAGGAGCAAGAAAAGACGCCUCGGUUUUCAUCACAGAGAAUGGGCCCAGCUCACAUUUACCACAAGCUGAAUUUGUCCUGGACACUGGGAAUGUUGAGAAUGCAGCUUUGAAACAAUGAUGAUAAAGAGAGUAACAUAACAUCACGCGAGCCUACUGUGUGCAGAGCCCUGUGCUGGCUGCCAGCACUGGAGGGGAGAUAUUUCUGAGCUCUGUACGUGAAUGAGGUCUUUGACUUCCUCCCUCCCCACUGGGCAGGGAAGGCCUUUGUGUACCCAUGGACAUAUGGGGAACUUGGGGCCCAGAGAUGCCCAAAGACGCACAGUGAUUUGCCCAUAGCCACACAGCUACUAUGGGGCAGAACUGAGACUGCAAUCCAAUUUUAUUUGAUGCCAAGACCAUGGACAGGGUCCUUGGCCUUCCACCUCCAGGAGCACGCACGAGGAGCCAGGCUCCCUGCUGAGCACGGAGCAUACAGCAGAGGGCUGGGAGCACGAGGUCUUGUGUUCAGAGGGCUCCUGGUCCACCUGGGGACCAGGAGAGAAUCACAUGGUUGUUUGGGCUUGUGUUUUGUAAUCCAGCAGAUUUAGUCCCAGAUCUGCCACUUACUUGCUAUGUGGCUUUGGGUUUGUGGGUCACCUUCCUGAGCUUCAGUGUUCACUGUAUGAAAUGGGGGUAGCAGUGGCUCCUCCCAAUGAGGGUUGCUAUGGGCUCAAUGAAUCUGUGCCCAUAAGUAGGGUUGCUGGGCCUGGAAUAGAGCAGGCUGGCCCAGCUCCUGAUCCCAGGGACAUUCCAUCACCCGAGAUGCUGCCAAUAAAGCCCUGUGUAAGUGACUAGCCAUGAGGCAGCAUGGGAAGUGCUCAGAAAUCUGCCCCUCACUAUCAUCAGAAGCUUCAGAUAGGAAGCCACUGGAGCUCAGCAGGUAAGGGAUGACUUUCAGCCUGGGAGAUGGGGAGGGGGAGAUCAAGGAAGUCUUUCUGGAGGAGGAGGCAUUGAAACCAAGCCAUUGCAGUUGACCAGGAACAUUCACCAACAUUUUGUCCCCAAAGGAAAAGCUGAAAAGGAGCAAAGAUAAGCAGAGAUAGUAGAGUGGUCCAAGCAGAGGCAAGAGUGUGGGCAAGGUCAGAAAGCAAGCUGAGUGAGCCCGGGAAGUGCAGCCCAGGGUGGUGAAAAGUUGAGCUGGAGCUGCUCCUGGAAUCUGGGCCCUGGCUCUUCAUUCAGAGCCCUUACACCACAGGGGGACAGAGGCCUCAGGGAGAACUGGCACCAAAGCCAGUGGGUAGGACACAGGAGACACACAUUUUAGCACUCCACAGUUUUCAGAUACCUGGCAAGGUAGUGAGAUCUCCAUCACUGAUGGUAGUAAGAUCCCCAUGAGGACUAUUAGUUUUGUAUUUUUCCUUUAGUUUAUAGGGCUAAACAUGUACUUUAAAAUACUGUAAAAGAAAUAAUACCUGUUCACUGGAACUGAUGAAAGGAUGAAGUCAAAUGAACAUUAGUUUUAGCUUCAAGCCUCAGACGGUGGUAGAAUCAAUAGUCAAUUACCAACAAUCCAUUCCUGCCCUGAGGUACUAGCUUCCAGAACUCCAGGGUUCUCAGACCACGAUGUGAAUAAUUGGAUUCCAAGUCAAGGAUUCUGAAGUUCCAAGACCAUAAAAUUCCACGCUCCAUGCUCAGAGCUUCAUGUGUAUUUGUGGAAAACAAUCAAACAACUGAGGCCCAGAGAGGUAGACUCACCUCCCUAAUGUCUCACAGCCUGUCAAAAGGAUUUGUACCCUAGGCCUGGCUGAUGCAGAGUCAGUGAUGACCACCCCCCACCCCCACCCCCCGCUUGAUUCUAGGACAAAAGUCCAGAUUGUAAGACAAUAAGCUUGACAAUAAUAGCAUGCAUUUAUUGAACACUUACUUUAUGCCUGGCUACUUAAUGUGCAUCGAAGUCAGCCAAGGCUCAGAAGAGUUCUGUGAGGUCAGCACAAGUAUGUUUUCCAGAUGAGUGAAUCAGGGCUCCAAGAGAAGGGGCUGGUGGGGUAGAGGUGGGGGACCCCGCUAGCUGAACCCAGGUUGGUGCCCUAAGCAUUGAGCCUUACCGGCUCUCUGCACCCCCAGAGUCUGUCAGUCCAGCAUCCGGUUGGAUUCUUGAUUCUCCGCCCGAGUCCCUGAUUCCAAAUCGGAGGUGAGAAAUCCUGGACUCUGGGAGAUUUCCCGAGGCCACAAAGGAUUUGGUCAAACGCAUACAGGGAUUUUUCCAGCUUUAGAUAUGAUUUAAUUCAGUCUUUGCCCGCUCCGGGUCAAUGAAGGGUACGGUGAGUUGGGGGAGCCAGGAACCUCCCCCCCGGGCCCCGACAUCCCCACCCCAUCCCGCUGCCCCCCCCCCCGUGACCGCCCCCCUAGGCGGGUCCUCUGCUCCGUUUCCCCCGACUCCAGGCAGCCCUGCGGGACUUGAGCGCAGGGGGCGAGGGGCGGGGAGCGGGGGGCGGGCGGAGGGAGGAACAAUGGCCCCCUCCCCUCCCCUGACCGGCUGGAGGGUGGGGUCUCCCCGCCCCGCCUCCCCGCUCCUCCCCCGCCAAGGCGAUGAGGUAAUCGCGCCGCCGAGAGGCACGCGCAGCCGGUGCCCAGCCCGGUCGGUCCCCGCGCCCCUGCCCCGCCGGCCGCCGCCCCCCGCACCGGCCCGGCCCCGGCCGCCCGGCCCCACCAUGACCGAGCGGUGCAGCCUGUGGAGCGCCCUAUCGGCCGCCGCCUGCUGCUUCUACCGCGGCUCCUUCGUGCAGGUGCAGUUCUCCAAGGAGAAGUACAUCCUGGACUCUUCCCCUGAGAAACUGCACAAGGAGUUGGAGGAGGAACUCAAACUCAGCAGCACAGAUCUCCGCAGCCAUGCCUGGUACCACGGCCGCAUCCCCCGUGAGGUAUCAGAGACCCUGGUGCAGCGCAACGGCGACUUCCUCAUCCGGGACUCUCUCACCAGCCUGGGUGACUAUGUGCUCACCUGCCGCUGGCAGAACCAGGCCUUGCACUUCAAAAUCAACAAGGUGGUGGUGAAGGCCGGGGAGAGCUACACACACAUCCAGUACCUAUUCGAGCAGGAGAGCUUCGACCACGUGCCCGCCCUUGUGCGGUACCAUGUGGGCAGCCGCAAGGCAGUGUCGGAGCAGAGCGGGGCCAUCAUCUACUGCCCUGUCAACCGCACCUUCCCGCUGCGCUACCUGGAGGCUUGCUAUGGCCUGGGCCAGACCAGCGGCAAGGCUGCUGGCCCUGCCAGCCCCUCGGGCCCCAAGGGCAGCCACAUGAAGCGGCGCAGCGUCACCAUGACCGACGGGCUCACCGCCGACAAGGUCACCCGCAGCGAUGGCUGCCCCACCAGCACCUCACUGCCUCACCCCCGGGAAUCUAUCCGCAACUGUGCCCUCAGCAUGGACCAGAUCCCAGACCUGCACUCGCCCAUGACACCCAUCUCUGAGAGUCCCAGCUCCCCUGCCUACGGUACUGUGACCCGUGUCCACGCCACCCCUGCAGCUCCCUCAGCCACAGCGCUGCCUGCCUCCCCUGUCACCCGCCGCUCCAGUGAACCCCAGCUGUGUCCCGGAAGUGCCCCAAAGCCCCCUGGGGAGUCGGACAAGGGCCCUUAUGCCAGCCCCUCCCACACGCUCUGCAAGGCCUCCCCAUCACCAUCGCUCAGCAGCUACAGUGACCCGGACUCUGGCCAUUACUGCCAGCUCCAGCCUCCUGUCCGGGGCAGCCGAGAGUGGGCAGCCGGUGAGGCCUCCAGCCGGCAGGCCAGGAGCUAUGGGGAGAGGCUAAAGGAACUGUCAGAGAAUGGGACACCUGAGGGGGACCGGGGCAGGGCCUUCAUAGCCCCCAUUGUGGAAGCCACAUCUUCCUUCAACCCAGCCACCUUCCAGUCACUACUGAUCCCCAAGGAUAACCGGCCGCUGGAGGUGGGCCUCCUGCGCAAGGUCAAGGAGCUGCUAGCAGAGGUGGAUGCCCGGACGCUGGCUCGGCACGUCACCAAGGUUGACUGCCUGGUUGCUAGGAUACUGGGCGUUACCAAGGAGAUGCAGACCCUAAUGGGAGUCCGCUGGGGCAUGGAGCUGCUCACCCUCCCCCAUGGCCGGCAGCUACGACUAGACCUUCUGGAAAGGUUCCACACCAUGUCCAUCAUGCUGGCCGUGGACAUCCUGGGCUGCACGGGCUCCGCGGAGGAGCGGGCAGCGCUUCUGCACAAGACCAUCCAGCUGGCGGCUGAACUUCGGGGGACGAUGGGCAACAUGUUCAGCUUCGCUGCGGUCAUGGGCGCCCUGGAUAUGGCCCAGAUUGCCCGGCUGGAGCAGACAUGGGUGACCCUUCGGCAGCGACACACGGAGGGUGCCAUCCUCUAUGAGAAGAAGCUCAAGCCAUUUCUCAAGAGCCUCAACGAGGGCAAAGAAGGCCCACCGCUGAGCAACACUACGUUUCCGCAUGUGCUGCCACUCAUCACUCUGCUGGAGUGUGACUCGGCCCCGGCAGAGGGCCCUGAGCCCUGGGGCAGCACCGAGCACGGUGUGGAGGUGGUGCUGGCCCACCUGGAGGCUGCCCGCACGGUGGCCCACCACGGAGGCCUGUAUCACACCAACGCAGAGGUCAAGCUGCAGGGGUUCCAGGCCCGGCCAGAGCUCCUGGAGGUGUUCAGCACCGAGUUCCAGAUGCGCCUUCUCUGGGGCAGCCAGGGCGCCAGCAGCAACCAGGCCCGGCGCUAUGAGAAGUUUGACAAGGUCCUCACUGCCCUGUCCCACAAACUGGAACCUGCUGUCCGCUCCAGCGAACUGUGACCCCCGCGGACCCCUCCCCUCUGCAGCUGCGGGCAGCAACAGGGACAGAGGGGCACAGACCUCUCCCCAGAGCACCCCAGAGACACUGUGAUCAGCCCGAGAAUGUUCUGGGCCCAAACCAGGAUCUCCCUUGCACCUCCAGGUCCUGCAUGGACCCUGGGCUCUAUCCCACCUGUUACGUGCCCACCAAGUCUCCCUUCAGGAAGAACCGGAAUCCUGUUCCUCCUCCAGCUUCUGCUUCUCCCCUUCCUGCUGAGGUGCCCUGUGUUCGAGCCAUGGGAGGGUCCUCACGCCUCCUCACUCUUCUUCGGGCAUCUGCCCACAACGGACACCAAGGCCUCCACCUGGUUGUAAAUAUGUGUGUCUGUUCUGUAAAUAGAUGUAUAGAAGCCAUGUUCUUUCUUUCAUAUAAUAAACUUUUAUGACUCUU